UGAUCAUAGCAGACUUUAAAACCCCAGAAGCACAUCUCAGCAGGUGUAGAAGGAGAGGUGAAGCUGUAGGCAGCACAAGGACCUCCUGGUGACUCUACAAACCUAUUUUACCUCUGACACACACCUAAGGCGGUGAGUGUUUGUACCUAUUGAAUCUAGUCUUCUUUGAGCUGCUGUCCUGCACAGGAUGGCAGAUUUUGGACUGUUCGAUUACCAAGAGGAAGUGGUAGAAAGGGCACUGAAGAGGGAAAACAUCAUUAUUUGGCUGCCAACUGGUGGCGGGAAGACCCGAGCAGCGGUGUAUGUGGCCAAACGGCACCUGGAGACCACAGAAAACGCCAAAGUGGUAGUUUUAGUCAACAAGGUGCACCUAGUUGAUCAACAUUACAACAAAGAGUUCGAGCCUCACCUGGGCAGCAUUUAUAAACUCAUAAAGGUCAGCGGAGUGAGUGAGGAGAAAGAUUUCUUCGGGAAAGUGGUGAAAAGCAACGAUUUGAUCAUCUGCACCGCACAGAUUCUGUAUAACGCUCUGAUUAACAAAGAGGAAGCCAAACAUGUGGAGCUCUCAGACAUCACUCUUCUGAUCAUCGACGAGUGCCACCACACUCACAAGGAGGCGGUUUACAACAAAGUGAUGCGAUGCUACGUGGAGAAAAAGCUCAAAGGAGAAGGCCGGCUGCCACAGAUUCUGGGUCUCACCGCAUCGCCGGGGACCGGAGGGGCAAAGAUCCUGGGGGAUGCUGUGGAGCAUGUACUGGAGAUUUGCGCCAACUUGGACUCGGCUAUAGUGUCGACCAAAAACUAUGAGCCGGAACUGAAGAAAAAGGUGCCCCGCCCCACCAAGACCUUCGACAUUGUAGAGAAAAGACAUGCUGAUCCACUCGGAGAUCAGCUGAAAUGGAUGAUGAAGCAGAUCCACGAGUUCAUGAACCUUCCUCAUGAUGUCAGGCUCAGAGAAUGUGGAACACAGGAGUAUGAAGCAGAUGUGGUGAUUUUAGAGCAACGAGGAGUUCGAGAGAACAACAGAUUGAUGGCACAGUGUGCACUCCACCUCAGACAGUACAAUGACGCUCUGCUCAUCAAUGACACUCUACGAAUGAUGGAUGCCUAUCGCUCCCUGGAGGAUUUCUAUGCUGAAAAGACAAAUGCAGCCAUGGAUGGAACAGACUUUUUCUUGUUGGGCCUUUUCGAAGAAAAUCAAGUGGAGUUGAGGAAACUUGCAGCCGAUUCUUGUUUUGAGAACCCAAAUAUGGCCAAACUGGAGACCGUCCUGCUGCAGCAGUUUGGUCCAAAUGUCAAAUCGAGAGGGAUCCUCUUUUCUAAGACCCGCAAAAGCACCCACUGUCUGUACGAGAUGGCAGAUUUUGGACUGUUCGAUUACCAAGAGGAAGUAGUAGAAAGGGCACUGAAGAGGGAAAACAUCAUUAUUUGGCUGCCAACUGGUGGUGGGAAGACCCGAGCAGCGGUGUAUGUGGCCAAACGGCACCUGGAGACCACAGAAAACGCCAAAGUGAUAGUUUUAGUCAACAAGGUACACCUAGUUGAUCAGCAUUACAACAAAGAGUUCGAGCCUCACCUGGGCAGCAUUUAUAAACUCAUAAAGGUCAGCGGAGUGAGUGAAGAGAAAGAUUUCUUCGGGAAAGUGGUGAAAAGCAACGAUUUGAUCAUCUGCACCGCACAGAUUCUAUAUAACGCUCUGAUUAACAAGGAGGAAGCCAAACAUGUGGAGCUCUCAGACAUCACUCUUCUGAUCAUCGACGAGUGCCACCACACUCACAAGGAGGCGGUUUACAACAAAGUGAUGCGAUGCUACGUGGAGAAAAAGCUCAAAGGAGAAGGCCGGCUGCCGCAGAUUCUGGGUCUCACCGCAUCGCCGGGGACCGGAGGGGCAAGGAACCUGGAGGAUGUUGUGGAGCAUGUACUGGAGAUUUGCGCCAACUUGGACUCGGCUAUAGUGUCGACCAAAAACUAUGAGCCGGAACUGAAGAAAAAGGUGCCCCGCCCCACCAAGACCUUCGACAUUGUGGAGAAAAGACAUGCUGAUCCACUCGGAGAUCAGCUGAAAUGGAUGAUGAAGCAGAUCCACGAGUUCAUGAACCUUCCUCAUGAUGUCAGGCUCAGAGAAUGUGGAACACAGGAGUAUGAAGCAGACGUGGUGAUUUUAGAGCAACAAGGAGUUCGAGAGAACAACAGAUUGGUGGCACAGUGUGCACUCCACCUCAGACAGUACAAUGAUGCUCUGCUCAUCAAUGACACUCUACGAAUGAUGGAUGCCUAUCGCUCCCUGGAGGAUUUUUAUGCUGAAAAGACACCCAUGGAUGAAAUAGACGUUUCCUUGUUGGGCCUUUUCAAAGAAAAUCAAGUGGAGUUGAGGAAACUUGCAGCCGAUGCUCGUUUUGAGAACCCAAAUAUGGCCAAACUAGAGAGCGUCCUGCUGCAGCAGUUUGGUCCAAAUGUCAAAUCGAGAGGGAUCCUCUUUUCUAAGACCCGCAAAAGCACCCACUGUCUGUACGACUGGAUCCUCAAAAGCAGGGCCUUGCAGAGAGCAGGCAUCAAAGCAGCCAUCCUCACCGGCGCUGGGAACGGCAUCACUUACAUGACACAGAAUGAACAGGCAGACACCAUUCGCAGGUUUCGCCAGGGUGAUCUCAACCUCCUGAUCUCAACCAGCGUGGCUGAAGAAGGCCUCGACAUCCCAGAGUGCAACCUGGUGGUGCGCUACGAACUGCUCACGAAUGAGAUCGCUCAGCAGCAAGCGAGUGGACGGGCCAGAGCAGUAGACAGCCAGUACUCGGUGGUUGCUCGGGAAGGUGGAAAGGCGGUCCAGCGGGAACACAUCAACGAUGAUCUGGAGGAGCUGAUUGCAGAAGCCAUCCCCGUGGUGCAGAAAAUGACUCCGCAAAAUUUUCGCAGAAAGAUAUUAGAGCUCCAAACUCAGGCCGAAGCCAACAACAAAAUUUUGGAGAGUAAAAAGAUGGAGAAGAGAGGUCAAUACGCUGCUUCCAGUAUCCGGUUGCUGUGUCGAAACUGUUCCAAGCAUGUGGCUUCUGGCAGCGACAUCAGACUUCUGGAAAAUACUCAUUAUGUCAACAUCAAUCCAGACUUCAAGGAACACUUCAAAGUUGGUGAGAUGAAGGAGCUAGAAAGAACCUUCGAGGACUGGGAGCCUGGCUGCAGAAUCAGCUGUAAUUACGAAAACUGCAAUAAGAAAUGGGGAUAUGAGAUAAAGUACAAGAAGGUUUGCGAUCUAGCAAAUAUGGCCAUCUCCAACUUUGCCCUAGAGACUCCGGAUGGAAGGCUAACUGUGAAGAAGUGGAAAGACGUUCCAUUUGCAGUUGAGGACUUCAACUUUGAACAAUACUGCCUGGACCACUACCCUGACCUCUUUGAUUGA